AUGGGGGACUUCAACGCGAAGCUGGGCAUGCGAAGUGAUGAUGAGCUGAGAGUGGGGCAAUUUGGAUGUGGGCAACGGAACCCCAGGGGGCAGAGGCUGGCCGAAUUUCUGGAGAAGGAAGACCUCUUUGCGAUGAACUCCUUCUUCCAGAAGCCGCCUCAUAGGAAGUGGACAUGGAUGAGUCCCGAUGGUUCUACGAAAAAUGAGAUUGACUUCAUCAUGACCACAAAGCGACGAAUAUUUAGUGAUGUCUCCGUGAUCAACAGGGCUAUCCGUUCCAUCGACAAUUACGGCAACGACAUGUCCACCACGCGAGUGCCAGACGCCACCGCUGCAGCCCAUUUCGUCAAGCCAGGCGACGAACUCCACUGCAGUCGAGGUCACGGCGGAGCCAACGCGGGCCAGCGGUCGCGAGUCGAGAAAUGA